AUGGGGGACACGGGAAAUGACAAUGAGGAUUCCGCUUGUCCUACAAGUUUUGCGCCAGUGAACAUGCAAACACAACCACCAAGGGUGUCUUUUAAUAUCCAACCUCUUUAUCAAACUGAGGUAGAAAAGGCAAAGGCUGAGGUCCUAAAACAAUUUGAGGAUCGAUGCAAAUGGUUGGAGGAAAAGUUCAAGGAGUUAGAGAAUGCUGAUCAUUACUGCGGAAUCGAUGCAAAGGAACUGAGUUUGGUUCCGGACUUAGUACUUCCCCUGAAGUUUAAAAUGCUGGAGUUUGAAAGAUAUAACAGAACCAGCUGCCCUGAGGCUCACAUUACGAUGUUUUAUCGAAGGAUGACGGGGUAUGUCAACAACGAUCAACUGUUGAUCCAUUGUUUUCAGGACAGUUUGAGUAGGGUUGCAGCGAAAUGGUACAAUCAAUUGAGUAGGACCCAAGUCAAGUCAUGGAAAGACCUAGCUCAGGUCUUCCUGAAGCAGUAUGGCCAUAUAACAAAUAUAGCACCUGACCGGAUCACACUUCAGAAUAUGGAGAAGAAGCCAAGCGAAAGUUUCCGUCAGUAUGCUCAGAGAUGGAGAGAGGUCGCUACACAGGUCCAACCACCGUUGCUAGAAAAAAAAACAACCAUGCUCUUCAUCAAUACAUUGAAAGCGCCUUUCAUUACUCACAUGUUAGGUAAUGCAACCAAGAGUUUUGAAAACAUAGUAAUGUCUGACGAAAUGAUCGAAAAUGCCAUAAGAUUGGGUAAGAUAGAAGUUGGGGAGAGCACGAGAAGGUCAGCCCCGAAGAAAAGAGAGAAUGAAGUAAGUAAUGUGAGCUCAGGCUACACAAAACCUACCACUGUUAAUCAGUCAAGGGCGAUAGUCAUAGGUCAGCAGGCCUUACCAAGGCGGGAGCCAAACAUGAGACAGAAUACAGAGAAGUUUCAAUUCACUCCCAUACCAAUGACAUAUAGGGAGUUGUACAAAAGUCUGUUUGAUGCACAUGUAGUGGCUCCUUUCUACUUAGAGCCACUGCAGCCCCCAUACCAUAAGUGGUACGACGCAAAUGCUCAGUGUGAAUACCACAAGGAAAUACGGGGCACUCGAUAG